AGCGGAGCCUCGGGGAAGCCGGCCCGCGUGGCCGCCGCCGUUUCGCCGCGGUGGUCGGGAUGCGCUCGGCUCGCGGCUCCCCGCUCCCGCUCCCGCUCCGCAGAGCCGCGGCCUCCGAAUCGGGCGCUGCAGAGCAGGAGGCUCGAACUCCGGGAGGACCCCAGUGUUUCUGUGUGAGGACUGACCCCAGGGCAUUGCCUAACCUCUGACCUGUCAGCAUGGGGAGGAUCAGCAUCUCCUGUCUUUUUCCUGCUUCCUGGCAUUUUAGCAUCUCUCCAGCGGGAUGUCCUCGAAUUCUGAAUACCCAUUUACGCCAGAUUAUUGUUAUCAGCAUUCUGGCUGCUGCUGUUUCACUUUUAUACUUUUCGGUUGUCAUAAUCCGAAAUAAAUAUGGGCGGCUAUCCAGAGACAAGAAGUUUCAAAGGUACCUGGCGCGAGUUACCGACAUUGAAGCUACAGACACCAAUAACCCCAAUGUGAACUAUGGCAUCGUGGUGGACUGUGGUAGCAGUGGGUCUCGAAUCUUUGUCUAUUGCUGGCCAAGGCAUAAUGGCAAUCCUCAUGAUCUGUUGGAUAUCAGGCAAAUGAGGGAUAAAAACCGAAAGCCAGUAGUUAUGAAAAUAAAACCCGGCAUUUCAGAGUUUGCCACCUCUCCAGAGAAAGUCAGUGAUUACAUUUCUCCACUCUUGAACUUUGCUGCCGAGCAUGUGCCACGGGCAAAACACAAAGAGACCCCUCUCUACAUUCUCUGCACAGCUGGAAUGAGAAUCCUUCCUGAAAGCCAGCAAAGUGCCAUCCUGGAAGACCUCCUGACCGACAUCCCUGUGCACUUUGACUUCCUAUUUUCUGACUCUCACGCAGAAGUAAUUUCAGGGAAACAAGAAGGUGUGUAUGCUUGGAUUGGCAUUAACUUUGUCCUGGGACGAUUUGAGCAUAUUGAAGACGAUGAUGAGGCAGUUGUGGAAGUUAACAUUCCUGGUAGUGAAAGCAGCGAAGCCAUUCUCCGUAAAAGAACGGCUGGUAUUCUCGACAUGGGAGGCGUGUCCACUCAGAUAGCAUAUGAAGUUCCCAAAACUGUAAGCUUUGCCUCCUCACAGCAGGAAGAAAUAGCUAAGAACUUGUUAGCUGAAUUUAACUUGGGGUGCGAUGUUCACCAAACUGAGCAUGUGUACCGAGUCUACGUGGCCACAUUUCUUGGGUUUGGUGGCAAUGCUGCUCGACAGAGAUAUGAAGACAGAAUAUUUGCCAACACCAUUCAAAAGAACAGGCUCCUGGGGAAACAGACUGGUCUGAUUCCUGAUACUCCGUACCUGGACCCCUGCUUACCCCUAGACAUUAAAGAUGAAAUUCAGCAAAAUGGACAGACCCUGUACCUCCGAGGGACAGGAGACUUUGACCUGUGUCGCGAGACUAUCCAGCCUUUCAUGAAUAAAACAAAUGAGACGCAGACGUCCCUCAAUGGGGUCUACCAGCCCCCAAUUCACUUCCAGAACAGUGAAUUCUACGGCUUUUCUGAGUUCUACUAUUGCACUGAGGACGUGUUACGAAUGGGGGGAGACUACAAUGCUGCUACGUUCACUAAAGCUGCAAAGGAUUAUUGUGCAACAAAGUGGUCGAUCUUGCGGGAGCGCUUUGACCGAGGGCUUUACGCCUCGCACGCGGACCUCCACAGGCUGAAGUAUCAAUGCUUCAAAUCUGCUUGGAUGUUCGAGGUAUUUCACAGGGGCUUUUCAUUUCCCGUCAACUAUAAAAACUUAAAGACAGCCUUACAAGUUUACGACAAGGAGGUUCAGUGGACUCUGGGAGCAAUCCUUUACAGGACCCGCUUUUUACCCCUCAGAGAUAUCCAGCAGGAGACCUUCCGGGCCAGUCACGCUCGCUGGCGGGGCUUCUCCUUUGUCUACAAUCACUACCUGUUCUCGGGCUGCUUCCUGGUGGUCCUGCUCGCCAUCCUUCUGUACCUGCUGCGGCUCCGGCGCAUCCACCGCAGGACGCUCCGCGGUGGCUCUGCCGCCACCCUCUGGCUGGAGGAAGGCCUUGCGUCCCAGAAGAUCGCUGGUCCCUUGUGAGCGCGACUGAGAGCCCCGGGAAGACUUUCCAGAGGAAAAGCCAUUCUUGCCUCAGGGUUUCUGCUCUGUAUUCUCAUUUGGUUUUGUUUUUCCUUUCCCUUUUUGUUCCUUGAAACAAAAACACAAUCCACUGUUUGUUAGCUCUGCUGUCCUAGAAGUACUACAUUUAGCCACUUUGAAUACAGCUUCAAACUGAGUAGGAAAAGGGAAAAUCACUUCAUUUUUGCUGUAGAGGUUAUCUGCCAAAAAUUACUGAGAUUGUUGGGUUUUUUUAAAGGUAUGUUCAAUUUUAAACAGAUGCACUUUGAUAUGGGAGGGAACUGUCAAAGGUGUUUUUUUCCAUCAGUGGAGGUAAGACCAAGAGUGAUAUCUUUACAGAACCAAAACACCUCCUGACUGAGACGAUAAUCCUCUUUGUUGCCUGUCUUGAUGCUUAGGUUUUGUUUAUUGUUCAGGUCUGUUGCUAUGUGUUUUCUUUGCAGGUUUAAAACAUCAAAACUGUUUAUAUCCAAAAUAGAGAACUAUAGGUGCCAGGAAGUAAUUAUUUUUAAACUUGAUAGAGAAGAGACCUGAAAAAUGUGAAAUAAUCACUAGAGCUGUGUGUGUGUGUGUGUGUGUGCGUAUGAGAAAUGCUAUUGAAAGAGAAUGAGGGAUACAGGGCUUUCUUUUAAAAACGCACACUUCAGAAUUUACUGUUUCAUGUUAUUUUAAAAAUCCCCAUUACCAUUAUCUUUUCCUGACCACAGGUACUUACUUUCUGUAUCCCUUCUUUCACUGAUCUUGGAACGCUUUGUUUUUUAAGGAGUUGGAAAAUUCCUAGUUUCACUGGUUUCAAUGUUGUUUGACCUCAAGCUGCUGCCACUGACAGGCUCCUCAGAGUUCCUUAGGAGACAUUUUUGUUUGUUUAAUUGUUAAGGCUCUAGUUUCUUCCGACUUCAGGUUGUUGUUCCCAGUCAGUUAAAAAUGGUCUCAGCAGCUUUAUUUUGGAGACCCCAUGCUUAGCCUGACAAGUUCUCUCUUACUGCUGUGGGUGAGGCUGCGUUGGCGAUGCCACCACAAAUCCAGACUAAGAGAAGGGUCUGAAUUUCAUAUAAGUUAUAAACUCACAUUUUGAAGAAAACAAUUUGGACAUUUUAAACAAAAACCUAAAAAGGACACCUAGGUUGGUAUAUGUGAGAUUGGUUGUUUUUCACCUAUUCAUUUUUUUUAGAAGCUUUGGGAAUUCUCAUACAUAGUCUUUGAGGUGAAGUUCCUUUUCUUUGUGUGUGUAUCCACGUGCGCACGUGUGUGGUGCAUGCAUUCUGUUUCUUAACUCCAGAACAGUUAAAUUCGUCUAGUUGGUAGCAAAUGUGUAUUUUGAGAACUAUUAGCUGUUUUUUUAAAAAAUCAUUGAUUAGAGAAAGAAUUCAGAUUCUAAAAGCCCUUAUUUAACUUAGAAAAAAAGUUGGAUUUUAUUUGUUCAUUAAUUACUUAAAAACAUGAUAUACUGUAUACUGAUGACUUAAAAUAUCACAAAUUUAUGAAAGAAAUGCAAAUUCUCUUUUUCUCCUCUUCAAUAUGAAUAUUUUAGCAAUGAGAAACUUAUUGGUAGAAGUUUACCUCUCAUACAACCCAGAAGGUUGGCGGAGCCGGAAGCUGUUCCAGCAUCUCGGCACAGAGGCUUGUUUCAGAGAGGAUGGGGGUGAAUGUCCCUCAGAAAGAUCUAGCUCUGGAAACGCUGGGCUCCAGCUCUUUAGAUCCUUAUCGAGACACAAGCGAGCUGUCACAGAUGCCCCGCAGCAGAGUGAGCUGGGGAGCCUCCUGACUUACUGGGUGAGGUGGCCUGCAGGCUGGACGGCAUUAGUAGGGAAGAGGAAGUAAGUUCACACUGUAGCUCUUCUGCCACCAACCAAUUGGAGUGCUGAGGCCUUAACCUGUAGAAGGAGCAUUUUUAAAUGCCUGGAGUAUGUCAUUUUCCUUUUAAAAUCAAGGUAAGGAUAAGCAGCAUAGGCGCAGAUUUAAAUAGGCCUUAAUUAGGACUUCCUAUCAUAAAUAGCCCUUUUUAAAUAAAGGAUGCCAAUUUGGUCCAGUUCUGGACUGUUGAGGGAGCAGAGUAGAGACGGACUCCUAGGAGUUCUGCUUUCAGCCUGGUGUGAGCAUCCCCCGCAGGGACCUACCUCUCUCUCCAAAAGAAUCCCCAGAUUAGAGUUCUAGGGCCCAAAGAAGCUUACACUUCGCACAGCUAAGUGCCCACUAUCCCCUGCCAAAUAACUCCCUGGGGCGGGCUCAGCUAACCUGCCCACAGGGAAAAUCUGCAGGACCCUUGAGCUGAGAAUGGUUUUUCAAUUUUUAAAGCAUUGUUAAAGAAAAAACAGGUGAAGAGUAUGCACCAGAGACCAUACAUGGCCUGUAGAACCUAAAAUAUUUACCAAAUGCCCUUUACAGAAGACGUUUGCUGCCCCCUGCGUGGACAACCCCAUUACAGAACGGAGGUGCAGUAGCGUACUCUUAAUUCAGGAAGAUAGUUACCAUUCGUGGGCACGAAAAGGUGGGCAAGAGAAGUGACCCAACUUCUAUCUUAAAAUAUUUGUUUAUGCACCAGAAUUUCACUUCUUACAGUUCUCUCUAGAUUAUUUUCAAGGUCACUUUUCUAAUAAACCAGGAAACAUGCCUCCCCACCCCCAAAUUUAAAAAGUGCUGUUCAGGAGGGCUCACUCUUGUGCCAAGAUGUCUGCUGUCCUGAGAAGGUCUCAUGGUUUUAUCACCCCUCUAGCCUCGCCAGAGGAGGCAGCCAGGGGCUUUCCCUCGGGGACAUGGGGGUGAGAGGCAAGCCUGGGGGGAGCUGAAUUCGAGAGGAGGAGAAUUAAUACCAGAUAAGAGCGGCCAAGGCGGCAUCUGAAUACUGUAAUAGAAAGUGAAAGAAAUUGGCCUGGCGGGAACUCGCUAAAAGCCUUGUCAAAGACGGAGCGUGGUGGGCGAAGUCUUGAUGGAGGCACGCCCACUGUCAGUGCGUCUGUCCUAGUCUGUCCGUAGUCAGUCGUAGCGUGUGCUGCUCCUCUUCAGACCUCCAGAGGGUGCUCUCAGAGAUGUCACCAUCAAUUGAAGGACAUCACACUAAAGGUACAAACAUACUGAUUCGUACCCGUGGUUUUUGCACAUUUUCAUCCUAAACUGCUGGAUUUCGGCAGCCCUCCCCAACCUGGGGCAAACCGAAGCGGCUGCUUGUGGCUCAGCCUGGAGCCCUGGAGGCUGAGAAGAUCCCUUGCCCGUGCCCACUGUCAUACCUGUGGAUCCACACCUGUGCCCUCAGGUUGGCAAGCUCUAGAAGAACAGAUGUUUAAACCUUAAACUCAGGCCUACAUAGACUAGUUUUCCUUGUAAGAAGCGUGCUAGACUUAGCAAGAAACUCUAAGAGGCAGAUGUGUUUUCCAAGCUUUUAAAAAAAGUCACCUUUUGAAUUUUGUGUGGUAAUGUGCAAUGCAGCAAAACUACCUAUAAGUAAAUUAUAAAGUUAUUUAUUUCAGUGUUUUGUUUUUUAUGAUAUUGAUUUUUCCUUUCAAUAAUGAAUGAUGCGACCAACCAAGGAGAUUUGUUUGUUCUGUUGCUAAGAGUAUAUUUUACAGUUAGGAAAUAGAAAAACUAAGGGAGCAUCUUUAAGUGUUUUUUAUUUCAGUGAUGUUUUCCAUUCAUGGCAGGAACACUUGUCUUUGGGAGACUGUGGUGUCAUAUCCCUUUGUGUGUUGGGCGAGCUCGCGCCACCACACGAGCGCACAGAGGGGUGUUGACAAUCCAUGAAAUGGAAGUGCAGCCAUGGCCCACAGACUCUCUGAGCUGGCUUUCUUGCAGUUUAUAUAGAUUUUUCUCUGAUGUUUGAAUCUUGUUGCCUGUUAGAAUGCUUUGUUGAACUUGAGUCUAAAUUCAGUAAAAUAAAUUGUCUGCGUCUGACUGCACCCUC